UCGCAAUUAAUUAUUGUACGAAGUUUGUGAGGACUCUUAAGAGAUCUUUGAUGGCGAGAGUACCCUUUUCUUCUAAUUUUUCUUUUUCUUUUUUCUGAACUGCGAAUGGAGAAAAUCAUUGCUACUGUUAGAAAUUACUCCCAGCAGAACGAAAAAGAAUUUCUCAAACUGUUCCUGAGUAACCAGUCAGCUAAUGUGUUUGUUGUUCUCUUUGAUGUUUAGGAUCUAGGCUUGAAUCAAAGGACUUCUUCCUCUGGAACAACAUCUGAGCAGUUCACUAAAGCUUUCGGAUCAGUUUCAAAGAGGGCUUAAGAGCUAGAGUUAGCAGAUUCUUAAAUAGCAAAAGCUUCACCUACCAACGAUGAGAGGCAUCUGAAUUUUUUUGUUGGACUUGGAUCAUCCACAAUCUUGCCUGAUGACAUCUAGACAAGCCAACUCCUUCCCAAGCAACAUUACAAUUGAUUCUAAGAAUCCCCUUUCAGGAGACUCAUUCGGUCAUCUUGCGUCCUAGGCAACUCCUUAGUUCCACCUCUCUUAUUCAGGAAUUCUGUCCAUGCUUUUUGCGUCUUCUCAAAGGGUGAUAACUUUUCAGUAUUACGUUUAGCAUUGAACUUAGGCUUUUAUAUUAUCUUCCUCAUUUUGAAAGGCUCAACUUUUUAUUUUAUUUUUAUGCUGCGAUGUGUAUGCGCUCUUCUAAUCAGAAGUGUUUUCAGCAGUUCAUUAGGUAAUGGAUUCAACUAUUUCGGGAGAGCUUCGUGAGGAUUUUCAUGGUCAUAUGGUGAGGGUACCUAUGAAUAAAUAAAUAAAGUGAUCAGAAUAUAUGCUGGAUAACAGCGAUCUGACUGCGAUAACAAAAUUACCCAUCGUAGAGGAUUGAUAUGUUGACAUAAUUAGAAAAUUAUCUUGAUCCAACAGGCUUGGAUAGAGGGAUCAAUUAUAAGAAUAUAUAUAUCAUAGAAUACCAAACCAUGUAAUUGUACCUCUGUUUAUUAUUACUUAAGCACAUAUCCUAAUAAUUUCAAUAAAAAUAGGAGGUUUGUUUAUCAUCUGUUUUGUAAUAAUAUAUUUGUCACUAAUUUGUGAUUAGUGCUAAUUAUCUGGAAAAUCAAGUAGUUAUAAAGGCCAGGAAAAUGUAUUUAGAAAUUUAGUCAAUGUAAUCUUUACACAUGUGAAAAUAGCACCAGGUACUUUUCUAAAAGAGCUGGAGGGCUAAAUAAAGGACUGAGAAUAGCAUGUAUAAUAUUUUCUGGAGAAAAUUGUAUUCCAACUACAUGUUUGCCAAAUAGUUGUAAGGCUGCACAAAUAAAAUAAUGGCAUACGUUUAUGUUGAAAGGACACUGAAUUAGCAGAUGAUUUUGAAGAUGUAACAAAACUUUGGUGUCUCCUAAAAUUAACCAUGUUUUGGAACUGGCUGAUCCUCUAAAAUUAUGCUUGAGAAAGAGAAGUACUCUCUGAAGGAGUUAAACAUGUCUUUUAGGUUGGCCCUAAAAUGCAAUUUGUUGUCGGCUCUACUUGUAUCCAAACAGGGAAUAAUGCAUUUUCGAUAAAUAAAUAAAUCGAAAAUAUCUUAAAAUUUGAAAAAAAAAUUAAUAAAUCAUUUAAAUAAAAUGAAAGGUUCUGACUAAGCUUCUUCUUCUUAUUAUUGUUAUUAUUUUAAUUCGCAUUUAUCAUAAAGAUAAAUAUUCAUUUAGUAUCUGAGAAUGGAUUUGAAUUCGAAACCUUAUUUGUACCACUUAAGAUAGAUUAUAAAAUAUAAGUUUAUUAUUAUCAGACCUUAUUUGAAAUGUCUAACCUGUGUUUAUGUUAACCUGCAAACAUCUAAUACAACUAAAUUACAAUACAUUUGAAGUGAUAGUAAGGCAAUCAAGACAUUAGAAUUUUGGUCAUAAUCUUAUUAAGCAGAUGUAUAGUUUCUGUUGGCAGUGAUUUUUUAUUUUCUUAAAAAAUAUUUUAUACACAUGUUCUGAUGCAUAAUAUAUUUGACAAUCAACAAUUACAGAUUUCAAGAAUUAUUUAGGGCAAAUUAAACAUUACUAUAUUAACUAACAAAACUCUGUAAUUUCCUCUUCAUCAUGCCAUUUCUGGAACAAUUCUAAUCUUGAGAGAUAUAUAAUUCAGAUAUUACUGAUAAACUUUUACUAUAUAUUACUUACAACUAAUCAUGUUAUACAAUUGGAUUUUCUUAAUUUAGUUCUUCUUCCAUAUCUGUUCCAUGUUGUUAGCUUUCAACUUUAGAUUACAUUAACAGCAGAUCUUAUUUUUUGCACGUUGAAGAUUGUUAACCUGGCCAACUUCUCAUCAUUCGCAACUUCUUUUCUAUAUUCACAUACUUACAGUUUGACGCCAAAGGCAUAUCUCAAACAAACUUCAAGUUCUAAGUCUCGAUCUUUUAUCUCUCCAUUACAGUCAAAUGUUUAUGCCAUUUCAUUUAAUUAAUUUACACAGUCUAAACCAUUAAGCAGUACAAGAUAAUAUAGAAUGUCUGUUACGUACACUUUAUCAAACCAUUUGGAGAAUGGAACAAUGUGCGUAUCAAAGUGUGAUACAGUAAUGUCUACACAAGGCAUCUUCUUUGGUGAAAAUCCUUUUGAUUCCUUAUUUUCGGUCUUUACGACUCAAGUCAUCUUGUCGUUGAGUAUCUCCUGGGUUGUCUACUUUGUUCUCAGGCCUUUAAGACAACCCAAGAUUGUGUGCAACAUCAUGGUAAGUUUUCCCUGUAAUCACUGUUUUCUUAAUUGAUAAUUCUAGUUAAUUCGUUAUCACCAUACUUAAGAUUUCACAUAACUUGCAAAUACCAAAUAUGUACUGUAAAUUCAUAUGUUUUUGGUGUGAGGUGGGUUCAAAGAAUGUGUUCUGGCAAUCAAAUAGGUACAAUAUUUAUUUUUGUUCGAUUUGAUAUAAAUUUUUAAUACGUGUUAAUUUUUUUAUUGUCGAAUAAUUGAUGAAUUCAGACUCUUAUAAGAUUGAUAUCUUAUUGUUCAUUAUGAAUCAUAAUCUAAACAAAUUCAUAAAUGUUAUUUAUUUAAUUCAUUCAUAAUAUAUUAUAUUUUGGGUAUACAGAUUGAGUUAAUGCAUUUGUUCCAUGAUCACUUUUCCUUGUAUAUAGGCUGGGAUAAUCUUAGGGCCCUCGGUAUUAGGUCGCAACAAGACAUUUCUGAAGACAAUUUUUCCAAAGGAAGAGAUGUUGAUUUUCAAUACAUUGUCUACACUAGGCGCAGCAUGCUACACCUUCAUUAUAGCAGUGAAAAUGGACACAAGUAUAAUCUUCAGGAUGUCAAGAAAUGCUUGGACAAUUGGUUUAUCUAGCUAUCUUGUCCCUUUUGUAGCCAUCUAUUUCUAUGGCUAUAUUCUUAACGCAAAGCAGAAAUCUGGGUAUAUCAUGGAGUUGCCAUCUCUUUUCCUGUCUUGUGCAUUCUCAACAACUUAUUUCCCAAUUAUAGCUCAUGUGAUGGAAGAGCUAGACCUUGAAACUACUGAAUUGGGCCGGCUUGUCAUGACAUCUGCUGUACUUAUCGAGAUGUUAAGUCAUGUUGUUUCGGUCGUAGUAAUCAUUUCUACGAAUUCAGAUAUUAUACGUUCAAUCAGAACAUUCGUCAUGGUAGUUGCACCAAUUAUAUUUCUUUUUUAUGUUGUUAAGCCGGUUAUACGACAAAUUAUCAAGAGAACGCCAGAAGGAAAACCAGUACAUGAAACUUACGUCAUUGCAGUAAUGUUAGGAGCUUUAAUUAUGACUUCUGUGAGCGAUUAUGCUUGGGGAAUUUAUCUUCCUGGUGCUUUUCUUAUGGGGGCAAUUAUACCGGACGGACCGCCUUUAGGUGCAACAUUAGUAGAGAAGUAUGAGUUGAUGAUCAUGGAAAUUUUUCUACCUUUGUUCUUUGUUCGAGUUGGUUAUCAGACGGAUGUUUCUUCAAUAAAGGAUCUGCGUACUUUCUACUUCACGUUGCUCUUCAUUGUCUUGUGUUAUCUGGCUAAGAUUGUUGGAACUGUGUUGGCUUCAGUAUAUGUCAAUAUAAGACUUAAAAAUGCUUUUCUGCUUGGGGUUAUUUUGAACUUCAAAGGGGUUUUUGAGCUGUCAAUUUAUCAGAUUUUCCUUACAAACCAGGCUGUGGAUAAGCAGUGUUACACUGCAUUAGUGCUAUUCAGUGUUUUCUCCAUUGCUUUUUUUAGUCCAUUUAUAAACAUUGUCUAUAAGCCUCAAGCUAGGCUUACCAAUCCUGAUUGUGAAACAAAAUACUCAAGAACACUCCAGUCAAUACCUCUAGAUGGGGAAUUACAUAUUCUUACAAGCAUUUACCAUGAAUGCAAUGUUCCUGGCAUCAUCAACCUGCUUCAAGCUUCCAACCCUAAUGCAGUUAGCCCUAUUUCUGCUUAUGUUAUCCAUGCCAUUGAGCUUGUCGGUCGAAACACUCCAUCAAUAAGCCCUUGCAGUGUCUAUGGAAAGAAACUGAAAAACAGCGCCUCACAGCAAAUUAUGCGUGCAUUUUCUAAUUAUUCAAGAAACUCAAAUGGUCUUAUCACAAUACAUCCAUUUAUUAUGCUUGCACCCUACAAGACAAUGGACAACAUCAUUUGCAAUCUUGCCGAGGAUAGACAUAUUCCUCUGAUCAUUGUUCCUUUCCGCAGGAUCAGUGGAGGUGUUGGAAGCAAUCAUUUGUUACGCGACUUUAAUUCCCGACUUCAAGCAAAUGCACCCUGCACUGUCGGCAUUCUGAUAGAAAAAGGAUCUCAUAAUUCUGUAACAAUGCUGUUAGACAAUCACUUCUCUUGCAACAUCGCAGUGCUCUUUAUUGGCGGUGAUGAUGAUCGCGAAGCAUUGGCAUUGGCGAUCAGAAUGUCAAACAAUCCGAAUGUGAAUAUUACUUUGAUAAGAUCAAUUGAUUCAAGAGAUAGUGGAAGUGACAGGCAACAAGAUGAGUUAUUGAUCAAGGAAUUCAUGGAGGAAAAUGUCAAUAAUGCUUCAGUUACCUGUGAGGAAGUGAUCGUGAAUGACAGUGUGCAAAUGCUGGAUUUGAUCCAAUCCUUGGAGCAUAAUUAUGAUCUUGUUAUUGUUGGGAAAAAUCCAACUGCAACAAAUUUUGAGAAAGAAAUGAUACAAUGGAUGGAAAAUCCAGAGUUAGGUGUUAUAGGUGAUAUACUUGCUUUAUCAGAUGACUAUAGUUCUAGUAAGAAUAUGUCAGUCUUAGUGAUGCAACAUUACAGAGGAUGUAAUACAUUAUUUAACAAUUUGUACACAAAUUCUUUAGGGUGUAAAUUUAGCGAUCGAUUGCAAUAUAUAGUAUAAUAUUUUUUCUCUAA